GAGAAGAAGAAGCACUUGAAUGCUCCCCCCUGCAGCAGCAGCAGCAGCAGCAACGGGAAUAAAAGCAGCCACACUUGAAAUAUUGCUUGUUCUUAUAGCGUUAUAAUAUUUCGAGUGACAGUUAUGUGUCGACUUCUUCAGUGAGAGAAGCGUGUGUAUCUCUGCGGUGCUGCUGUGGACUGUAGGUGCUGCAGGCAGUCAGCGGGCGUCAUCGUUUCUCUGUUGUUGUUGUGUGACGGAGCAGCAGCAGACCGGUGAAGCGGCCAAUGAGUCAGCAGCUGAUCAUCGGGGGUUUAUGAAACCUAACCAACCUAUAUAUAUAUAACGAUAACAGCUCUGGUGGAAAACAUUUGCAAAAAGACAACCUUUAACGAAGUCAUUCGGGUUUUGCAGAGGUAAACAAUGUCAGUUCCAGUAGUAGCUGCGUUACAGCUGAGCACAUCAUCAUCCAGCCCGGUGCUGCUGGAGCACAACAACAUCCACAUCAGGGACAGAGAUCUGAUUUCUAGAGACAAUGAGAUCGACACUCUGCCUUUACAUUCACCGUGGACCUUCUGGCUUGACAGAUCUCUACCAGGAACAACAGCAGCUGAAUGUGAGUCAAACCUGAAGAAAAUCUACACCGUGGAGACCGUCCAGAACUUCUGGAGAGUUUACAACAACAUACCCGGCGUCUCCAGCUUGCCGUUGAGAUGUAGCUAUCAUCUGAUGAGAGGUGAAAGAAAACCACUCUGGGAAGAAGAAAGCAAUGCUAAAGGUGGUGUUUGGAAGAUGAAAGUACCCAAAGACUGCACUUCUGCUGUAUGGAAGGAGUUGCUAUUGGCCACUAUUGGAGAGCAGUUCAGUGAUUAUUGUGCCACAGACGAUGAAGUGGUCGGGGUCAGCGUCAGCGUGAGAGACAGAGAGGAUGUGUUUCAGGUCUGGAAUGGAAACGCUUCUUGUGUUGGCGAGUCAAACAUUGUCGGAAGGAUCAAUGAACUACUUCCGCAAAUACCGUUUAAAGCAGUGUUUUACAAACCACACGAGGAGCACCACGCUUUUGAAGGAGGCCGAAGACAUUAGCACAUUUUGCACAUCAGAUCCUUCGACAUAUACUGUACAUGUCUUGUUGCUUAUGAGCAUAUUUUGGAUAAUAUUUGGGCACAUUUUGACUCGAUUGAGUUCAUAGUUGCUUAAUGUAUCAUCUUAAUUACCUCAAAAUGUAGCCCGUGCAUUAUGAUCUCUCAAUCAUUGGAAAUUCCCAUCUUCUGAGCACUGUCAUUCAUAAUAAUAUUCAAAAUACUUUUAUUAUAGUCGAAAACCAUUUUAGUUUGAUUUUAUCUGUGGCAGUGUUUGUGUGUUUUUAUACUCCCAAAUUUUGCAAAUCCUAAACCAAAACACCAGAUCGCGUACAUGUCAGAUUUUUGUAGAUGUAUUAUAGCAUAUUUUGUGCAGUUUCCUGAGCACAGACAAAGCUAUAGGUCUUUGAAUUAAAUACAUUUUUUGGAUAUAAGAGGAGGCAUGGUUCCACAAAGCAAACCUUUUAUCUUAACAAUACAUGACAACGCUUUUCUAGUGAGCUCUUUUCUCCCUUUUGUAUGUUACAGCCAAAAUACCGUUGCCUGACAUAAACAUUUAGUAUGCUGUAAUGCUCAUAUAUGAGCAGAAAAUUGCACAUUCUUUUUUUAUUUUCUUUUUUUAGGAUAUGAGCAGAUUGUCAAAAGGAAUAUGUUCUUGUUACAAUACAAUGACCUCAGUACACAAAUCGUGAGUAGAUGCUGAGAAAUAUAUGCAAUCAUUUCUAUUCUGUAGAAUUUGCAGCAAAUUUGCAGUGUUGUUGUGGUUGUCAUUGUGUUCAAGCAUCGGUCCCAAAUCAAGCACUUUGUUUCUUACUGUGUGUGUGUGUGAGUCGUGAUAACUGAGACCAAAUCCACUUUGGUUUUGUGUCACCUUUUCUGAUGAAGUGUAAAGCUGUUUUCUCUGCUUUUAAUAGUAACUUGAGAUGUGUAGAUGUUAAAGUUCUAGGCCGAAUAGAGCAGAGCAGAGCAGAUUUCUUUGAAUACUAGUACUAUAAUACUUAGACAUUUGAGGUCAUUUCUGCAUAGCUAUGGAGUGUAUGCAUAGAAACCCACAGAAAUACUGCUGCUAUGAUUUCUCAAUCAAGUCAAAUGUUGAAGUAUUCAUGACGCUGGUGUCUUGGCUCGGAUUCUCUGCUUGAGAAUAUUCACAGGAGGAAGUUAGUUUUCAGACCACUGACUUUGCCAAACUUGUUUUAUUUUCCCUUUAUUCAUGUAAUAUAAGCACAUACUGUAGGAUAAGAGAAUACUGUACCCUUGCACAUAAUACAGUUCACUUCAGAUCUCAGACUUUGUAACUGAUUGUUGAUCUUGGAUGGUGCCUUGUGUUUACCAGCAGUUAGAAUGUCAUCCGUGUUCAGCAUGUUCAAAUUGUAAAUAGUCAUGUUUCUCUGUUUUAGUUUUACACGUGUUUGAGAAAUAAAGACGCCUAAACUUCCA